AUGGAACUGCUGAAGAACUGGAUCGAACCGCUGGUAGCAACUGCUAUAAGCCAGAGUGCCGACAAAAAUGAUCCGAAUCUCAGGCCCAGGGAGCUUAAAACGACUGUUGACGAUGGGAAAAACUUUCGCAUACCUGUUACGCGCCCUAAAUAUGCCCAGCUACUAGAGUGGCUACCGGAAGCACCCACUCCGCAAGCUAUUCUUUCCGAUAGCCAUACGUUCAUUCCUGCCAGAUUCUCUGAGCGUGUUUGUCAGAAUUUCAACUGGAACAAUAACUUGACACCGUGUCUUCUACGAAUUAAGCAGUGUGAAAUCGUUAUUGCAAAAUCAAACAAGUUCCCUCCAGAAAUAUCUCUUCAUAUUGGUGAAAUUAAACUUGAAGGGUGUGAAAAAGAGGGGGUAUUUGGGAAUCCGGGACACAUUGCUCGGUGUAAGGCUGUUAUUGAGCUGAAGGAUAAAUGGUUUCGCAAAAUCCAUAUCCUGGGGCCGCCGGUGCCGAGCCCACGGAAUGAUGAAUCCGGGCGCCCAAAAUCACAGGCCGAUGCUACUACCCCUGAUAACGGAGGAAACUCAAAACCUACAGGUCAUCAUGAUAAUUCAACACAGAAAAACGGAUGGCAUACCCAACCACCUGUAAUUGUAUCGCAAAUACCCAAAGCUCAGGGAAAUAAGGAUUCUGUGGCUGUUCAGGUAUCAAAUGCCCAAGAGCUACUGCAGGCUUUACCACCGAAGAGCACGAUCCCUAAGAACAGGCCGCGGAGGUCACCUACAGUGGAACAUUCAACCAAAAAUGAUGACAAGCAGGCUGGUCAAACUACGCCAUUACCUGUAGCCACAGAUUCGUCUUCUAUAACUUCUUCCCCACGCAGACACUCAUACUCCGACAGCGUUGGCAAAGCCACACAGAAGGCGCACCCAAUUCCAUCUCAAACUGACCAACACGAAGUUAUAUCAUCCCUUGAAGAAAGGACCACUUCGGCGACUUAUCCCAGACAUUCCUCUAGGUCUCGAUAUUCGAACAAUUUAUUCCGCCCAGACGACUCAGAAAUAACCAAGAAAGUUAGUAAUAGGGGCUUUUUUAGCAGCUGGAACAAAAUACGACGACGCGAUGUGUUAAUACCUGAAUCCCAACUGAAUUUGAUCGAGUGUGACGACUCUUGGAUACCCCCGGACCCUGGGAAGAAAACUCCCCAGAAUUUCGUUCCUCUUGAACUCCUGCAAGAGUGGAGCGAGAGUCAUAAAAAAGAAACGAGUUCUAUAGGAACCAGCCUACGAAGAAGCCCAACUCUAGGAGAAGGAGCGUCCUCCACUGGUAGCCCAGCCCCUGAUGAUGAAAUAAGAUCAGAAGAUUGGCCCCCAACGUCUCCAGUUCCCCUUGUGCCUCUUGACAGCAGCCCACCAAGGAGAAGCGUAAAUUCGUCUGCAACCACCUCCAAUAAGCGUACAUCAGUCGCUAAUCCCACCGAUUCUACUGGUGCCCCUAACCACUCCCCGCCUACAAAUGUACCAGGUUUUGCUACGAAAGUUGAAGAAGUAUUCGAUGACAAAAGUUGUCCAGAUUCUGAAAUAGAACUUUCCAUUCCCCGGGAUUUGUAUACCUCGACACAGAACUGUGAUACAGGGAUGGAUAAUAAUGAAGAUGUUACUAGAUUGUCCGGGACCAUGCUAUCACAGCAACUAAAAGCACAGCCUGCGCCUAGCUGCGAGUCAACAAAGCAUGACUUAGUUACCCAAAAUCCUUUCACAAACAAUGAUCAAAUGGUUGUUACUUCCCAGAUCUCUGGGGAAUGGAGUGCCGGCUCAGGGAACGUUAAUGACUCUACAAGUAUAUUGCAGGUCCCCAGGUCAUCGCUGGAGAAUGCCGACCAUAAUGUGCUCGUUCUUCCGUCAACCAAGGCCUCUGCCUCUGUACCACUGCUUGAUAAUACCAAUCAACAACAUAAGCGCAAAGCUGGAUCGCCUUCACUCCCAUCAUCUCCAAGAAAAGUUCCGAGGAUAGCAGAAGUAGAUAGAAGUGUAAGUGCGGCUGUCCCCAGCCACUGGGGCAGUAGAACGUUCGACAAGGUCAAAUUCUCUUCUCAAACCGAAGAAAUAUACUACAAAUUCCAACAAGCAUACAAAACUUACACCGGUAGCCUGGAAGUAUUCAGGAGGGCAUGCUGCAGGCUGCAAUUCCUCAGAAACGGUUUACUGAAAAGGUCAAUACUGUGGGAUGAUUUUGUUGCUCGUGAAGUGUUGGAAUACCAAAACUAUUUGCAAAGGUGCGACCAGCGACACAAGAAACCAAAUACGUACGAAGAUUACUUCGAAAAACACGCCAAAUUUCCAUUGUACAAGAGGCGAAAUCUGACAGUUAAGAAUCUUCAAGCAGUGGUCACCGAGGCUGAAGGUGAGAGUGACUGUGCUAGUGAGCUAGGAGAUGGGCCCGGGAAAGAAGCAACCCCUGAGCUACAGUGUACUUCUACCUUAAAGCGGGCCAUUCCAGAAUCGCCAUGCAAAUACGGGAUUCAAGACUGGGACAGCGAGGGCAGCGACUCAGAAUCAACCAAGGUUAAUUUGGAGGCUUCGUCGCGCGAUAGGGCUAGUGUUGAGCUUGGGGACGAGCCCUAUUGUCGUGUAUCCGUCAAUAAAUCGCAGAAAAGGAAGGCAACUCCUUUUAAAGAGGAUGAGGCCAAAGAGAGUGAAGACGAAGAUGUAUUCCAUUCUGUACGCGGUAGUUUACACCGGCCCAUUCGUCUAAGCCACGAAAUGGACACAGAUGGUGUCUCUACCAACAACACCCAUCAAAAGUCUUCAAGUUCUUCAUCUCUUCUUGCGAAAGGCCCAACUGCCUCACUCCCUAAGCCAAAAGAACCGAACAUGCCAUCUAAGGCCAAGCCAUCUCGUCCGAGGAGAUCACCCGCACCGUCACUCCCCUCACACAGAAAUACAUCCAGCACCAAGAAGACUAGAUCGGCCGCGAUACCAGAGCGAUCCACUUCGUGGAAGGAUCCCAAUACAUCGUUAAAGGUGUUUUUGAGAGACUAUGUGAGGAUCCCCGGCGAGUUGGGUACUCUUGAUGCAGGCUUAAAUUCCGGCGAUGUCCCUGUCGACGAAGCUGGAGUGGUACUAAUAAAGCCUCGCAAGCCGCCGCAGGUUGGGGGGAGAAUGAAUAGUAUGGGGCUCACAUUUUAG